AUGGCCCCUAAGCAAAAGUCGCCCAAGAACGCUAAUAUCGGGACGGCCCCAACCAAGGGCAUCCUGUCAACGCUGCCUUCAUCCUGGGUGCCCUUCGCCGAGCUUAUCCGUCUGGAACAGCCACAUGGCAACUACAUGUGCUAUUUCCCGCACGCUGUCGGUCUCCUCUACGCGUCCGCCGUCCAGUCGACCCCUGUGCCGCUUUCCACUCUGGGCCACCGAGCCUGCAUCUUUGCGAUCUGGACCUUCUUCUUGCGUGGAGCCGGCUGCGCGUGGAACGACAUUGUCGACCAGGAUCUCGACCGCCAGACAGCGCGGUGUCGCAAUCGGCCCGUUGCUCGUGGCGCCGUCUCGACCACCGAGGGAGUCGUCUUCGCCCUGGCCCUGACCGCCCUCGGACUCGCAUCCCUCCAGCCUCUGCCGCGUGAAUGCAGUUACGUCGCGCUCGGGACCAUCGUGCUGGCAAUAAUAUACCCGUUUGGCAAGCGCUUCACACACUUUGCCCAAGUUAUUCUCGGGUCUACGCUGGCUUCUACCAUCUCUUUGGCGGCCUACUCGGUCGGUCUGCCUGCGCUCUCUGCGUCCUACGUUACCCCAACGCUGUGUCUCUCGGCCGCAAUCAUGCUGCUUGUCGUCUUCUACGAUGUUGUCUACGCCCGCCGGGACACUGCUGACGACCUCAAGUCAGGGGUCAAGGGUAUGGCCGUCCGCUUCCGUAAUCACCUCGAGGGUCUCUUCGCCGUUAUUACCAUCUCCAUUGUUGGGCUCUUGAUGACCUUGGGCACCUCGGUCGGCAUGGGACAGUUCUACUACAUGUUCUCUAUUGCCGGUCUCGCAUUAUGGUUGGUCCUGAUGGUUGCCCUCACACAUUGGCAGCUUCUAGAGAGCUGGAAUGGGUUUUCUGGCUGGUGCUAUGCUCUUGCCAUUGCCCACCUAAUCACUGGGUUUGUCAUGGAGGCAUGUGUGAAGAGCGGCGCUUUUCUGUAA